AAGCUGGGAGAGUUUAGUGUGGGUUCUAUAAAAGGGACAAGGCCUGAUGUGAAACCAACAAGUGGAGGUGCUACAUCACCACCUGAUGGGUCCUCUGGGGGGCUGCCCUGUGGAACGAAAGAAGGUACCAUAGGCAUUAUUGUUGGUGCUGUGUUUGGAUCAGUUGCUGCACUGGCUAUUACUGGAAUAUUAGGUUGGUGGACUUGUAGGAAAAAGAGGCGCAACACAAAAGGCACUGAAGAAGUUGCGAUGAGCAGAAGAACAUUUGGAAAUUCAAGUAAUGAAAGAAGAGAAAGUACAAAUAUUGCAGUCAAAUUGCCUAAACCUUCUCAAAGCCAUUACAUGGCAAUAGAUGACAGAGCUCGUUCACAAGUGAUAGCAGAUGCCAGUCCACUCAGCAAUGAACAAAUCAGCGAGUACGCUUCUCUUGAUCCACACACACGCUCCUGUGAGAUUCCUAAAGAAGAUGUGACAAUCAAAAAGAUCAUUGGAAAAGGUGCUUUUAGUCAUGUUGCUAAGGCAACAGCCGAUAACUUACAAGGAAGAACCAAGGAGACGCUCGUAGCUGUUAAAAUGUUAUCAGGUACUAAGUAAUACUGAAAUCAUGUUGUAUUUCA